UUUAUUCUCUUUUAACUCUCUUCUUUCUCCUUUUUCCCUCCAUGUCUUGGUAAAAAAUGAGAAGCUGCUUAGUUUGUUUGGUCCAAAACUAAUUUAGAAUGGAGCAGUUCGGUCAUGGGAGAUUGCAGUUCAUCCUUUUUUUUUUACAAUAUAAGCUAUGAACUCAAAUUUUACACGUUGUAGUGCCUUUACUCAAGCACUAGACAGCUUCCAGAGAGCAAGCAAUCAUUAAAUAUUAAUUUGUAACAUCAGAGCCAGGUUCUCCUUCUUCCAGCUGUUUGGCAAUGGUGCACUUGGGGUUUUCUGUGGUUUUGCUUUUUUACUUUUUAAAUUGGUCGGUACCAUUUAUUAAACAACAUACUCUGAGAAAUUGCUGAAGCUCCAUGCAGCAGAGCUGGGUAGUUUUUCUGGAGAGCUGAAUGGUGUAGAGCAGAAUUCCUACACAGGAGGCCCUUGGCAAAUAUUUAUCUUCAUAUGCUCAGCGCAAAUGUAAGGCUGCUUGUGUAUAUUUUCUGUGAAAUGUUAUGAAGUUAAGAAAGAUUGUUUUCCCAAUACAAUCUUAAAGCUGAAAUACAGUUACAUUCCAACAUAGCAAAUCUGCAUUUUGUGCAUAAAUUACUUAAAUAUCUAGGAGUCGUGAAAAAAAAAAUGCUGUUAAACAUGUCAAAUGUGAUGAUUAAGUGACUGGAUUGUUAGGAAGAAAGUAGUAAUUUUCUGAAAAGCUAAAUGAAUGAUUUGGCACAAUGAACUGCAAACACUGCUCAAACAAAAGAAAACGGAGGAAAAUUUGCUGGUGAAGGAUCAUGUUUGUAGGCAGUUGAUAUUAAAAACAAGGGUGAAAAUAUUUCAGAUUUUCUCAACUUAAUUGACAAACUCGUUUAUUCCCCUGACAUUAUUUUACCUGCUGACAGCUGCGUGGGUGGCUUAGUAUGGCUGGAGAUCCCACAUCACUAAUACAGUGGCAGUCACAGCUGUAAGCGGAUUUCUUUGUGAUACUGAGACUGUGAAAUGCUUCCCAGGAUAAACUGCUGCUCUGGAAGGCCUGGACUGGAGCCUGAGUAACUGGACUGCAGAUCAAGGAGAAAGUGCCUUCGGGAUUACUCGCCUGCAUGUUCUGUGGACACAACAAAUGCUCGAGCCACUUGAGACCAGUUUUAACUCAGUGGCAUUAAAUUCAUGUUGACAGAGCAGUUUUUGGAACAUCAUUGUUGCUGUUGAUGUGUGUAAGGAAGGGAGAGAUCAGUUUGACUCGUAGCCCAGGCUAAAAUUUUUGAGUUAGCUAUUUAAAAUAAUUUUCUUACUGGUAGACUAAGCAAACAUGUCUGUCAGUGUUUUUAUGUUAAUAAACAUGUAAACCUUGUCUGCCUUUUUAGAAGCACUUUGAGAAAGACCCUUUUACCCUCUCUAGAGUACACUGUGAAACCUCAGCUAAGGCCACGAGUAGUUUCCUUUGAUCAUAAAAUGUGUUAUUCUGAGCAGUGGUAACAUGAAAUAAAAAGUGAAAUCAGAAUUUUAAAAAAAGUUAAAAGCCAUCUCAAUAUUAUUCAAACUUAAACUAAAUUGUGACUUUGAUGUUCUUUGGCUUCAUGUAGAGUGCUUAUUGAAGCCUUUCUCUGUAUUGUUAGGUCUGUACAGAGCUGUAGUCCAACCCCUGGCCACACCAAGAAAAAUAGUUUUGAGUAGCAGUUAACCCGUAACUGGUUUUGCACAUUGCUUUGUGCUGUAACUUGAGAUGUGGUUAUUCUUUCUGUGUGUUCCCUGAAAUGGGUGGUCUGUGUGAGUCACUGAUCAGUGCAAUGCCAGCUGUAUAUGGAAGGGGAUGGAGGGAUCUUUCGUACGGUCAGGUGUCAACAGAAUGGUGAUGAAAAAGGAGGGAAGAAUCCUGGUGAUCAUCUCUGUCCUCAUGCUGAGACUGGUGUCUUGCCUAAAGUUCUGUCCUGUCCAAAGUCCUGUUGUGCUAAAUCUCUGCCUUGGUGCAGCUGAGGUUGUACUAUCCGAGCUGAGUCAUUCCUCAGGGGUACUACGUGCUCUGAUAGGGCAGGUAAGGGCUCUCCAAGGGCUGUUUCAAGAGUGUGGUCUGUGUGGAUGCCCAGCCUGGCAGAGAUCAGUGGGAGUUACAAAGCACACUAGAAAUCCACGGCAAGCAAGCCCAGGAGAGCUUCAGCGCCUGAACUAUCUGCAUUUGCUGUCCUCUCCUACCCUUACGUGCUCCCAGCCCAAAAGGAGAUGUCAAUAUGUUAGUGGAAACUUGUGCAAACAUGGCUUGCAGGGCUGACCAGAAACCUGCCUCACAUUCUCAGCUUUCCCUGCUGAUUAUGGCUUGUGCCACUGGAGUGAACCACAUCAUCAUCCCUUGGAUUUAUUCAUACUCCUGGAGUUCCAUAAAGCCUGCUUUACCAGCCUGCCUAAUUCAAAGCAUUUGGCCAAAGCACUGCUGCUGCAUUAGCAGCAAAAGGCUCAACAAGGAGGAGGACCAGUUGCUGGAAAGGUUGGGGAACCCAGUAACAGCAGACCUUGUUAAAACUGAGGUUUUCAGUGCUUCUGUUUGCCUUGGUCUUGAAAACAUGGACACCUGGGCCUCUCUGCUUGGUGAAAGGGAUCAAGGAGGAGAACAGCUACCAGCAAUAGAUGAGGGUUGAGUCAGGAGUUACUUUAAAGAGCCUUUGUGAGGCCAUGGGGCCAGAUGGGCUGAAGCCAAAGGUGAUUAGCAACCCCUGGGAUCAAGAAGCAGAAGACAAAAGCCAGCUAACUUUUUUCUGGUGGAGUCUGUGUCUUAUUUUCACAGUACCAGUAUCUCUGUGUUUACUGCUUGUGCUUCUUUUAAACUUCAUUGCUGUGGAUGGAAAUUGUAGCAGAGUUGUGGUAUAGGUACAUUUUGUCAUUCCAGACUUAUGCUCUGAGCAUGAUGUUGACAAAGCACAAGAGGCAGCAUCGUGAUUUGAUGCAGAAAUUGCAUUGCAAUGUCCAAGCUGUUUCUGUUUCUGGGGUUAUGUGUUGUGACUUCUUAAACAUGGUCAUUUUUAGAUAGUUGCUUCUGUUAUUUAUAAUUGAAAAGUCUAACUUGCUACUGAGUAGAGAAAUGAUAUUUUGAUUUGAAAGAGGUUUUAGGGUAACUCUCUCUCCGUUCUAGGGAGCAGUGAUACCCUUUCCCAUAUAUAUACAUAAGUAAGGAAGUUUUUGUAUCAGCAGCUGUCAGGAAUGUACUUUGGCUGAUGAAUGCAGCCUAACUUGAAGGCGGGAUCCUAUAGCCGGUCAGUUAAGCUUUAUUGGUCUGCCAGAGCAGAUUAUCAUUUUAUUUAAACGGAGGGGUAGUUUUCUUUGUUACUUUAUUGCCAAGGGUGUGUCAGAAUUUCCAUUAUAAACCCCCUAUUUUCAGGGAUUUGAGUAGACUUGAGAUUUAAGUGUUCUGGUCUAAAACGUGGGAAGCGUAUUCUUCAUUCACCAGCGGAUAUUUUCUUUAUGAGAUUUUAGAGCCAUCAGCUGUUUCUAAAAUUGUAGUGAGGGCAAGAGAGUUUUUUCCUCUUGGUUAAACAGAUAGGACUAUUUUUUCCAUCUCAUUUAUUGCAACUAGAUUUAUAAAAAAUAGUCCCCUAUUCUGCUGUUUUAAAAGGGAAGAAAGGGGGAGGAGAAAAAGGAGUACCUUACUGCUGCCCUGUUCUGUUUGCCAUGCCUCAAACCCUUCCCUUUGGUCUGUGUUUGGUGAAGUCCCACCCAUCCUCUCAGUCCCUUCUCUCCUUCUCUUUACUUAUUUCCCUGCAGCGUGUUUACACUCUCACUGCAUUGAGUUGCAGGGUUUGUUCUCCUUCCUCCAUUCUUCUUCUUUGCUUUCCUGUCUCGUGCUUCCAGCACUCAAUUCUGAUGAAUAUGCCUGUAUUACCUUUCUCUAAAAGGCAGCUCUGAGGUACUCUAAGUGAUACAACAUACCUGUGGUAAAUAGAGACUUUAUACUUAACUAUAUAGUAAUGUACUUUGCUACUUAACUGAAGAACACGUGCAUGACUCUUAGUUGAGUACUGCAAUUUUCCAAUGCUUUUCUGAGACGUUGCUGCAUCUCUAGAGCAAAGUGCUUUCUUUCGCCUUUUUUUUUUAAACCAAAUCUUUAAUGUAGACUGAAAAAAGUGAAGUGUGAUCAGCACAGAACAGCACUGUGGGUUUUCAUUGCUGGGCUCUUUUAGUCAUUUCCUGAGAGCCUGGUGCAGAAAUGUGACAGCCCAGGAAGCAAUAGCAAGCUCAGCAAGGCUUUGUGUGCUGUUAGAAGUUGGUGUGCUACAGGUGAGGGCAUAUGCAUCUUGUAGCUCUGUAGGAAUACCUGGUUCUGGGAUUGGUGCUCAAGGUCUUCAGGAAGAACCUCUGCUGUUCUGCAGUUCACAGCCAUGAACAAAGUAACGGGGGAUGUAAAAUGGUGAGUGAGGAACUACGGCUACGUGACUACUAAGCAACAAGGAAUGUGAGUGAAGCGCCAGAAUCCAAAGGGUGGAAAAUGAGUGCUUUCAAAAAGCAUCAUAGUCUUUUUCCUGGGUCCAUCAGAAGAUCUUUGUUGGAACAAGAUGCUGGCACAACUGCCUUGCAGCACUAUCAUUGGUACCACCAAAUUAAAAGGAAGAAGUUGAAUAAACAGAUGAGUUUUGACUCAGAGAAACCUCUUGGAACGUACAAAUGGCAAACACAUCCUUGGCCUCCCUGGAGGGUAAGCAAAAGAGAGACCUCCUCCAGUUUGGAAGGGGAAUGCAAUGACCCAAGUCUUGCCAAAAAUUCUGCAAUCAUGGGUGCUACCAGUGCUGACAAUCUCCACGAAGACCCCCCUGAGACUCUCUCCCCGACAGGGCCUCUGCCGUUGCGGGCUCCCUUCAAGCGCUCGCUGUCCGAGCCCGUGCCGCACACCGGGAGCAGGAGCGCCCGGCUGUGCCUGCGAGCCCUGCCCGCGCUGGGCGCCCAGCAGCACGGCUACCCCGGCCGGGGCAUCUUCUCCUCUCUCUCUAGUGGCUUUUCAAAGAUAAGGAGUCGAAAAGGGGGCUCUGUCAGUGAAUCCAUAACCGAAGGGAAGACAGAGGACAAUCAAAUUGUUUUGAGUCCAGAUGUGAAAGGACCACCUACCCACAGACUGUCCUGUGGCCAGUCCCCCUACACUGAGAUGACAACAUGGGAGAGGAAAUACUGCAUCCUGACGGACAGCCAGCUGGUGCUGCUCAACAGGGAGAAGGAGGUGCCGACGGAAGGGACCCCGGAGCCGCAGGAUGCCUCCCGCGGGCGCUGCCUGCGCCGCACUGUCAGCGUCCCCUCCGAGGGCCAGUUCCCCGAGUACCCGGCAGAUGGGGCCGCCCAGCUAGAGGUCCCAGCAGAGAGAUCUCCUCGCAGACGGAGCAUCUCGGGGACCAGCACCUCUGAGAAGACCAACUCCAUGGAUGUUCCGAACACUUCUCCUUUCAGAGUACCAGGCUUCUUCAGUAAGCGCCUGAAAGGCUCCAUCAAGAGGACAAAGAGUCAAUCCAAACUGGACAGGAAUAUCAGUUUCCGUCUGCCCUCUCCCAGCAGUGCCGAGGACAGACCACGUGAGCUGCCCAAGCUGAAGGAGUCCCGUUCCCAUGAGUCUUUACUGAACCAACCCAGCACCAUAGAGACUCUGGACUUUGCAGCAGAAGAAGCAGUCUUUGUCAAACCACUUCACAACAGUAUCCUUGGACGAGACUUCUGCUUUGAGGUAACCUACUCCAAGGGCAGUAAAUGCUUCAGUUGUUCUUCUGCAGCAGAGAGGGACUGGUGGAUGGAAAACAUACGCAGACUAUCGCAGCCAAUGAAGGACAAUUGCCGUCGAGCUGAAAACGUGCUUCGCCUCUGGAUCAUAGAGGCCAAGGACCUGACCCCCAAGAAGAAAUACUUCUGUGAGCUGUGCCUUGAUGACACCCUCUUUGCCCGCACCACCAGCAAAGCAAAAGCAGAUAACAUUUUCUGGGGGGAGCACUUUGAGUUCUACAGUCUCCCACACAUUCAGAGCAUCACAGUUCACAUCUACAAGGACGUAGAGAAGAAAAAGAAAAAGGACAAGAACAAUUACGUAGGCCUGGUCAACAUUCCCACAGCCAGUGUGACCGGUCGCCAGUUUGUGGAGAAGUGGUACCCAGUCAGCACCCCUACAGCCAACAAAGGCAAAUCGGGGGGGCCUUCCAUUCGGAUCAAAUCCCGUUACCAGACCAUCACCAUCUUGCCCAUGGAGCAGUACAAAGAAUUUGGGGAGUAUGUUACCAGCAACUACGCCCUGCUGUGCUCCGUGCUGGAACCUGUGAUCAGUGUCAAGAACAAGGAAGAGAUGGCUUCUGCCUUGGUGCACAUUCUUCAGAGCACUGGGAGAGCCAAGGACUUCUUGACAGAUUUGGUGAUGGCUGAGGUAGAUCGUUGUGCAGAACAUGAUGUCUUGAUCUUCAGGGAGAACACACUCGCUACCAAAGCUAUUGAGGAGUACCUCAAGCUGGUAGGGCAGAAGUACCUCCAGGAUGCACUGGGGGAGUUUAUCAAGGCUGUGUAUGAGUCAGAUGAAAACUGUGAAGCAGAUCCCAGCAGGUGCUCACAGAGUGAAUUAGCAGAUCAUCAGUGCAACCUGAAAAUGUGUUGUGAGCUGGUCUUCUGCAAGAUUAUCAAUUCUUACUGCGUGUUCCCCCGUGAGCUGAAGGAGGUGUUUGCAUCUUGGAAGCAGCAGUGCCUGAACAGGGGCAAGCAGGACAUCAGUGAACGCCUGAUCAGUGCCUCUCUCUUCCUCCGCUUCCUGUGCCCUGCCAUCAUGUCCCCCAGCCUGUUCAACCUCAUGCAGGAGUAUCCUGAUGACCAGACCUCUCGCACGCUCACCCUCAUUGCUAAAGUCAUCCAGAACCUCGCCAACUUUGCCAAGUUUGGUAUUAAGGAAGAGUACAUGGCCUUCAUGAAUGAAUUUUUGGAACAUGAGUGGGGAGGAAUGCAGCGUUUUCUGAGGGAGCUCUCUAACCCAGAUACCAUCUCAAACAUGCCUGGAUAUGAUGGCUACAUCGACCUGGGCAAAGAGCUCUCGGUGCUGCAUUCCCUGCUCUGGGAGGUUGUGUCCCAACUUGAUAAGGGUGAAAAUUCCUUCCUACAGGCAACCGUGGCAAAACUGGGACCUCUUCCUCGUAUCCUUGCGGAUAUCACAAAGUCCAUGGCCAGCCCCACACCCACUCAGCAGCAGCUGAAGCGUUUCACAGAGCACAGCUCCAGCCCAAAUGUCGCUGGAAGUCUCUCCUCAGGACUUCAGAAGAUAACUGAGGACCCCACUGAUGGUGACAUAAACAAGAUGAAGUCUCCAACCCAGGAAAAUGUAGAUGGACAUUUUAGGGGCAAGACCUUACUGCUGGUUCAGCAGGCAUCCACCCAGAGCAUGACUUGCUCAGAUAAGGAUGAGAAAGUAAGCGUCUUGCCCAACGGACGUAGCAUCUCUCUCAUGGACCUGCAGGACCCUCACACAGCUCACAGUGACGCUGCUUCCAUGAUGCACGACGUGCCUUUGCGCCUGGCGGGCAGCCAGCUCUCCGUCACCCAGGUGGCCAACAUCAAACAGCUGUGGGACACCCAGAGCACCCCCCAGAGCGCUCCCCAGGUCCGCAGGCCGCUGCACCCAGCAUGGAACCAACAGGGCAGCCUGCGGCCUCUCUCGUUCCAAAACCCGGUUUACCAGCUCAACAACCCGAGCCCCCCCAUGGCCAAGGCCUCCGUGGACUCCAGCCCAGAGAACCUGAGCACUGCCAGCUCCCGCAGCCGCAGCAACAGCGAGGACUUCAAACCCAGCGGGCGCAGCAACAGCAGCCUGGAGGACUGUGCCAAGCGCAGCUCGCAGAGCGAGGACUCGGCGCGGCGCCCCGCGGGCCCGGACAAGCGUGUGCCGCUGGUGCUGCCCCGCCAGAACAGCAGCAGCCAGGCACAGAUCCGCAAGAUGGAGCAAGCUGUGCUGGGCACCAGGGCCAAAACGCUGCACUCCCUGACGCACAGCCCUUCCCUGCGCAGCACGGGCAGCGUGUCCGGAGCCUCGGCGCCACUGGGCAUUGAGCCCGUCCAGAACGGGAACCGCUCCCGCCACCAGUCCUCAUCCUCCCGGGAAAGCCCUGUCCCCAAGGUGCGGGCGAUUCAGCGGCAGCAAACGCAGCAGGUGCAGUCACCAGUGGACUCAGCCACGCUGUCCCCGGUGGAGAGGACGGCUGCGUGGGUGUUCAACAACGGGCAGUACGACGAGACCAAGAAGGACACGGCUCAGAACUUGGACGAAGUCAAGCACGCUGAGAAGUACGAGCAGGAGAUCGCCAAGCUGAAGGAGCGCCUGCGGGUGUCCAGCCGCCGGCUGGAGGAGUACGAGCGGCGCCUCCUGGUGCAGGAGCAGCAGAUGCAGAAGCUGCUCACGGACUACAAGUCUCGACUGGAGGAUAGUGAGGACAGGCUGCGCAGGCAGCAGGAGGAGAAGGACAGCCAGAUGAAAAGUAUCAUCAGCAGACUCAUGGCCGUUGAAGAGGAGCUGAAAAAGGAUCACGCUGAGAUGCAAGCAGUCAUUGAUGCAAAGCAGAAAAUUAUUGAUGCACAGGAGAAGCGGAUCGUGUUCCUGGACUCGGCCAACACGCGCCUGAUGAGUGCCCUGACGCAGGUAAAGGAGCGCUACACCAUGCACGUCCGGAAUGGCAACCCUCCCAAGCUUUCCAUCACGGAGAAUGGUGAAUUUAAGAACAGCAGUUUCUAAUUCUGCAGGUGCUGCCAACCACCUCCGUGGAAGAGCAAGACGGAGCAGAGCCAAGACCCCUCACCGUCACUGAUUGUUGCACAUAAUUCUUCUGUAAAAGGAAAAUUGUAUUGUUUGAAGAUUGUAUUGUUUGAAGAUUGUUCUAAAAUUGGUUUAGAAUUGUAUUUUUAAGUUGUAUUUUAAAUUGUUUUAAGAUAGUAUUGUACAUUCAAUAAAAUUGAAAAAGCAACUCUGAAGGGUGGGCUUUAAUUCCCCACUCAGGGCCAGGAGAACCAGGCUCCCCAGAAUAAGUCCUUGUGGAUCACUGUGUAAAUAGAGGGAGCUCUUGGGUUGUGUACAGAAAAUGCCAAUGUAAUAUACCAAAAGGAAGUGAAUACUGUAGAUUUUUUAAUUAUUACUAUUUUUUUUAUUAUUAUGUUGUUGUUGAUGUUGUUGUUGUU